AUGGCUGCAGGCAAGAUUCUGGUCACGGGCGCAGGAGGGAUUCUUGGUGGUAAAACCCUUGACCUACUUCUCGAAAAGCUGCCAGCUUCGCAGCUUGCGGCCGUUUCGCGGGACCCUGCGAAUAAGCUAAAGCGCUUUGCCGAUAAGGGAGUUUCGACGCACAAGGUCGAUUACUUUGACUUUGAUUCGCUUCUUGCGGCAUUCCAGGGCAUUGAGAAAAUCAUGUUCAUCGGGGCACAUGCUUUCACGGAUCGCAUCCGACAACACUAUAAUGUGAUCACUGCCGCAAGACAGGCUGGUGUCAAGCAUGUCGUUUAUACCUCAGUCCAGCGACAAGAGGGGGCUGGAAUUGCGCUCUGGGACGUCACGGAGAGUGAUACAUUCACCGAGCAAGCAUUAAAGGCCAGUGGAAUGGACUACACCAUCAUGAUGCAGCCACCCUUUUUGGAGACAUUUUUCAUUUACAUAGGCGCUAAUGCGCUUGAAGAAGGAAUUAAUAUUCCAUUUGGCAAGGGCAAAGUUGCACCCGUGACGCGUGAUGAUCUCGCGGCGUCCAAUGUCACCGUGCUGACGGAAGAGGGACAUGCAAAUAAGACGUAUAAGCUGAGUGGCAACGAGGCGUUUUCUCUUGCGGAGGUUGCCGAAAUCUUGGGUCAGGCCAAAGGCUUGAAAGUGGCCUCCAAUAACAUUAGCGAGGAAGAGUAUCUCAGCUGGGAUGCAUUCAAGGGCCAGCACGAGCAAUUGCCAAACUUCCGACUCGCUUGGGUUCGUGCCAUGAACCACGGCAAUUUCGAGGAGACGACGGGCGAGUUGGAGAGAUUGAUUGGCCGCAAGCCGACCGAGUUUCGCGAUUACGUGAGCUCAAAUUAUCCUCCCGUAGCUAAAGGAUUCUAG